UCUUUUUCGAUCGCGCACGCGAGGCCACGCGAGGGCUGCUGGUCUGGACGGAGAAGGCGGCGCCGCGUCGCAACUCGCAACCGCACGGCAGCGAGACCAAGCCGGAGUCAUGGCGGCCAGCCACGGCUUCCGCCGCCUCGCCUCCGCGCUCUCCCUCCGGUCCCAGCCUCCUUGUUCCGCGCCAGCCCUCCUCCUCCGCCUCGCGCUCUCCAGCUCCGCGCCGGAUCCGCCGCCGCAGGCCGCCGGGAAGGCGGGGGGCGAGGAAGCGGCGGGAGAGAAGGGCGCUGCCGACGCCGGCCAAGGGAAGGGCAAGGAGGAGGAGGAGGACGGCGGCGGCGCGCACGUGAACAAGGCCACCGGCGAGAUCGGCGGCCCGCGCGGGCCCGAGCCCACGCGGUACGGCGACUGGGAGCGCGGCGGCCGCUGCUCCGAUUUCUGAACUGCUCCUGCUCCGCCGCUGACCGCGAGGUGAGGACGGCGACGGGAACCGCGUGUAUAUUAUGCUGCUGAAUCCGUUCCGUGAUGCCAUCCGUGUUCGCAAUCUGUGCGAGGGCGGUGUGACAUGUACCGUUAAAAAUGCGUUUUGCUUUGUUCUCUUGGGAAUAAAAUUGAGUUGAAACCACUCGAUUCAGAAUGUUCAGACUUCGUAGCAUCUUCUCGACGAUCUUUACUUGCGUUGGUGCCUAGAUUCUCCAAUUUCAUGCU